AUGGCGGUCGUCUCCGAGCCUUCCAACCUCGAGAACGGUCACGACUCUGACGAGAAGCCUCAGCUCACCGUCCAGGAUACCAACGGCUACAUCGCGGAUGCCAGCGCCGACAAUCGUGGCAACCUCAAGACGGCCAAGGACAGCCACACGGUGCUCAUCCCGCAGCCCUCAGACGACCCGAACGACCCGCUGAACUGGGGCACUGUCAAGAAACAUGUCGUUCUCCUCACCGUCAGUCUUGCGGCCUUCCUCCCCGACUUUGGAAGUGCUGUCGGCGCCGUGAUGUUGCUUCCGCAGGCAGCGCAGUGGAACAUGAGCCCGGAUACCGUCAACCACUCGCAGGCCGGCAACGUCUUUAUGCUCGGCGUCGGCGGCAUCGCCACCGUCAUCUUGUCCGCCUGGGCGGGCCGGCUCCCGGUGCUGUUCUGGUUUGUCGUCAUGGCGACUGCGACGGCAGCGUGGUGCGCCGCGGCGACGACGUUUGAGUCCUUCAUGGCCGCGCGCAUCCUCAACGGCUUCUUCGCCACGGUGGCCCAGGCGGGCGGCAUGAUGUUCAUCUUUGACAUGUUCUUCUUCCACGAGCGUGCCAGGAAGAUCAACAUCUGGAUCGCCUUUGUCAUCUUGUCUCCGUACCUGGGUCCGCUGAUCGCGGCUUUCAUCAUUACAACUGAGCCCUGGCCGGUCGCGUUCUGGGUGUACUUUGCCAUAGUGAGCACAAUCCACAGCAGCCUUAAGCAACAAGAUGAAACUUGCGCCAUCGCCCUCAUCUCGACUGCCCUCUUCGUCUCCGAGACGUACUACGACCGCCGCAUCCCCAUCGCCGACCAGCCCCCGCCCGCCUCGCGCAUCGCCCAGGUCGUCGGCAUCGCGCAGUACCGCACCCGGCACCAGCGCGCCACCAUCACCGAGGCUCUUAAGCGCUCCGCCCUGACCAUUACCCGGCCCACCAUGAUCCUGUGCUGCCUGUACGCGAUGCUCACCUUCGCCUGGGUCAUCGGGAUCAACACCACGCUCUCCGUCUUCCUCACCCCGCUCUACGGCUUCGGCCCCCGGCAGAUCGGCUUCUUCUACUUCGCGCCCGUCGUGGCCGCGAUCCUGGGCGAGAUCGUGGGCCACUGGCUGCACGACGCGAUCGCGGGGUGGUACAUCAAGAAGCAUGAUGGGCACUUUGAGCCCGAGGUGCGUCUGAUGGCGGUCUUUUUCAGCACGCCAUUCAUGGUCGCGGGUCUCGUGGGGUUGGGGUUCGCACUGGAGGAGGGGUAUCACUACAUGGUCACCGCCGUGUGCUGGGGUCUGUACGUGUUUGGCAUCAUGAUCACGACGGUCGGGCUGAACGCGUAUAACCUUGACUGCUACCCGAAUGCUAGUGGCGAGGUGGCUGCGUGGCUGAACAUGUCCAGAGGUAAGUCGUUCCCGUUUUUCCUCAUCCCCUUCAAAUCCAUCUCGAGAAUGUCACAACAGGUGGAUACAAGGGGGGAACAAUCAGUAACGCAAAUCCUUUACGAAACAGUUGGCGCCGGCUUCAUCAUCAGCUACUUCCAGAUCACCUGGGCCCAGGUGCAGGGCACCAAGAUCAGCUUCGGGAUCCAGGGCGCCAUCGUCGCCGCGUCCUUCCUCAUCAUCCUCGUCGUGCUCAUCUACGGCAAGCGCAUCAGACAGAAGGCCGGACCGCUCAAGUUCUCGACGGUCUAAGGGCAGAAGGAUGGUUUGUGUGCAUCUCUAACGGGGAAGUGUAUGCUUGGUGGGGCGGUUCCUAAGUACUUAGCUCUCCAAUGCUACAUGCGAAGCGGGAGAUCGCGGUUUUGAUUUGAACCCAGCGCAGUAAUCAGAGAGGGCCUCCAGCAAACAGCGUCAAGUAUCUGCCAGAGAGCUGUGGAUACAGUCGUCUAUUAAGUAUUUUGGUUCGAUGGCAAAGCACUGGACAUAAUGUAUGUGCACAUGCAGCGUGGUCGGACGCCUUUCCUCCUAACGUGCACACCUGUCCGUGUU